AAAAAUAAGAUAAUCGAGCAUACAAAAAAAUUGACUAUUCAGCAAAGAGCAUGCACUGAGUUUGUUUGAAGCAACAAGACGUGCAAAAAAAAGUCCUAUGAAGUAUUCUCUUUGAAACUCAGCGUGCAUGUCUGGCGCAAUUGAUUAUUGGCCUGCGGUCAUAUUAGAACAUUUUUUCCUCUCUCGGGCAGUGGGGCUCUGUCUCGGGUCGAUGGUCCUUCACGUUUUGUCAUCUUUAUCCCUCUAAAUCCACUGAAGUACUAAAACACUCAGGAUAUCCUCAAAAUGAAUUUAUGAAGCAUGUCAAUACGAAAGAAAAAAUCUGUUAUUAGCAACAUGGCGCUCAUCAGAAAUCUCUCAACUUCAAAGGGUUGCAGACCUUCUUCAAAUCAGGGCUUGGUGUUGGUUUCUUUGAGAAUCCGUUUGCCGUCUGCUUCAGUUAUUAUGAAAUUAAAUUCUGAGUGAAAUACAAUAGUUGGGUUUCUCUCGGCUCAGCCCUCUAUGUUGAACUUACGUUAUAGCUUUCAAUUAGGAUGCUAAAAACUAACAAAGCACACUUGCGGACAGGCAUUUGCGUAGUGACUGAACUUUAUCCAAAUGAGAUGGAAGGGUUUCUUUUUCAUGUAUGAUUUAUUCUGUGGAUAAUCUUUUGUACAUAUGACACCUGUGAAGAAUUUCAUGGACCCAGUUAAUUCUUACUUAAGUGGAAUUAAUUAAUGACAAAUGUACGAUGCAUCUCACUAGCAGGAAAAUUUGGGAUGAAUUUCCGUAACGCACUACUUCUUGUUUGUCUUUUGUUUUUGUACGUCGCCGGAAAUUCCCGUCCAGACGGAAGUUUAGAAAUAUUAAUGUUUAUAAGUCAGCUGCCUCUUCAUGCCGUAGGGGCGGGUGUACUCUGUGAUAAUAUCCCGGGCCUGGCCGGUCGACAGCGCCGUCUCUGCAGGAUGCACCCGGGGGUGAUGGUCAGCCUGGGCGAGGGGGCCAAAAUGGGGAUCAAGGAGUGCCAGAGUCAGUUCCGGUUUCAUCGAUGGAAUUGCAGUACCCUCGACAGAGAUGCCUCUGUUUUUGGAAAAGUUAUGCUAAAAGUAGGAAGUCGAGAGUCUGCUUUCGUAUACGCCAUUUCCUCGGCGGGAGUUGCCCACGCCAUUACCCGGGCCUGCAGCAAAGGUAACCUGCUCCAGUGUGGAUGUGAUCCUAGCAAGGUCGGCAAGAGUCGAGAUAAGCUUGGCUGGUUUGAGUGGGGCGGAUGCAGCGACAAUGUUCGGUGGGCUAGCCAUUUCUCUAGAAUGUUUAUUGACGCCAGAGAGCGAAGGGUGCGUGACGCACGCGCACUGAUGAAUCUCCAUAACAACCGUGCCGGAAGACGAGCUGUCAAAAAAUUUAUGAAACUAGCCUGCAAGUGUCACGGUGUGAGUGGGGCAUGCACCAUUAGGACGUGCUGGCAAGCAAUGCAGCCCUUUCGCCGAGUUGGCGAGUAUCUAAAGCGGAAGUAUAAUGGGGCUACUCACGUUAUGAUAGACCAAGGUGGUUCCGGAAUAGUUGUUGCAAACCAUCACUACAAAAAACCCACGAGGAAGGAUUUAGUGUAUCUAGAGGCAUCCCCGGACUACUGUGUCCGAGAUCUUUCCAUUGGAUCAUUGGGCACCGCCGGGCGCCAGUGUAACAAAGCGUCCUUAGGAACUGAUGGGUGUGACAUCAUGUGUUGUGGGCGGGGCUAUGAUACAGAAACUGUGACGCAAUUUCAGAAGUGUCACUGCAAAUUCCACUGGUGUUGUCAUGUGAAAUGUAAACUUUGUUCUAAGCGCGUGGACAUACAUACUUGCAAAGGUCCAAGUCUGCAUGAUAAUAUUUCACACCGGAAGUCCUUACUUGGAUAGGCACUUCCGGUCUUGUACUGACUUCCAUAUUUGGAACUGCAAUUUUCAAGAGUGCUACUGAAAUGAGUACAUGUAACCACGUGGUUUUGCUGACUUAUGAAACAUUGGUUAUUUUUUACGUGUUAUACAGUAUUUAUUGAAAUAUUUAUAUUGGCAUUGUUUAUAUCAUAUUUAUUUGUUGACUGUCAUUUUUCUAUUUGUUAAGUAUGUUUUAAAUCUAGAUCUUAUACAUUAUGUACUUUUCAUAUGUACGUUAUUUCCAUUAAAAAGAAUUUCAUCCAUUCA